AUGCCGAAGCACUUCGGGCACCACCUGCGCGAGAUGCGGAACAGCCACAGGCAGAGCCCGGGGAGUUCCAUCUAUCCCGAGAGCAUCCAAGAGAUCCGGAGGUCUCUGUACUGGAUCUUGGAAGAGCCGGAUGCUAGUUCGGAUGUCCCACGGGUCCUGACCAUCGGGGUGGCUUGCCUGAAUGUGCUGCUGAUCUUGCUCUCCCUUGUGAGCCUCGUUCUGGAGACCACGCCGGUGUUCCGGGAGACGACCUCCGAGGACAUGUGGCAGAACAUCGAGAUCGUCACCACCGGUUGCUUCACGUUGGGAUAUGUCCUGCGAUUGUGGGUCUGCGACGUCUUCGGAGCCUCUGCCGUGGAGUGGUUCUUCAAGCCUUUGAACCUCUGUGAUCUCCUGGCCAUUCUGCCCGUCUACGCGCAAACCGUCGUGAGGCAGUGGGACCUGGAAUUCCUCCGUGUCCUCAGGGUGGUGCGCCUCUUCAAGAUCGGCCAUUAUUCCGAAGGGGUCCGCAUGAUGAACGCGGCGCUCUUCAACAGCCUGUCGGCCUUGUAUGUCUUGAUCUUCCUCUUUGUCAUUGGCCUGGUGACCUUCGCCUCGGCAAUCUACUUCACCGAGAAGCUCGCAUGCCCCGACUUCGCGCUGGCCAACCUCACAGAGUUUGUGGAGUACAACGCAGAGUGUGAGAACUCUCGUAUCGGAGCCGUCAGCUACGGCUCCUGCUGCGCGUACAUGUGCGCGAACAUGCCUGCGGGCUCCUACCCGCUGUGCCACAGCACCUUCGAGGCACAAGCGGCGGACGCAGGGUCCUCCGAGUGGAAGGUGGAGGCCAUGCACGAUCUGGACAUUGACUCCGUCCUUACUGGCAUGUGGUGGGCAGCAGUGACCAUGACCACCGUCGGCUAUGGUGACAUCUAUGUGAAGCACUGGACAUCGAAACUGGUGGCCAGCGUCACGAUGGUCACCGGCAUGCUGAUCAUCGCCAUGCCCUUUGCCAUCGUCGGCACCAAGUUUAGUGAGGCUGCCGGGAACUGUGCCGUCGCCGAGCUGGAGAUCGACGAGGUUCAAGGCGAAAUCUCCACGCGAGGGAGCUCCGGCAGCACCGGGACAAUCGAGAGCCCCAAAACCCAAGCGAAGCAGCUGGUGAAGCAGGGCAGCACGAAGUCGCUGGCCGAGAUGGAGAUCCUGCUGGAGACACUCCGCAGCGAAGUGGAAGAAGCCACAGCUUUGAAGAGGGAGAUCUUACAGCUGCAGGUCCUGCGCGACAACCUUUGGACUUCCUUGGAGCACGCGAUGGCCCGCAUGGCCUUUGAGGGCAUCAUCAGUCUCAAUGCCUUGAUGGUGGAUGGCCCCUGGUUCCACGCGGUCUCCGCCCAGCGGCGGGCAAAGACCACGGUGAUUAGCCCCUUUUGCGCGAAGUCCUUGGGCUUCAUCCACAGGGACUGGCUUAUUCGCCGUGCUGCCAUCGAGAUCACUACUUCGUGGAUCUUCGAAUCGCUCAUCCUCUUCCUGAUUGUCGCCAACAGCUUUGUCCUGGCGGUGCAAAAUUAUUACUACGACCAGGAGAACUACUGGGGCAACGUCCUCGAACGAGAGACGGAGCUUGUCUUCACAAUUUUCUUCACUGUCGAAUGUGCCAUGAAGAUCGUGGCCUGCGGCUUUGUUGCGCAUCCCCGCGCCUAUCUGCGAGAUCCCUGGAAUUGGGUCGACUUCACCGUGGUGGUGGUGGGCCUCUUGGGGGCUAUGCAGGUGGAGGCCUUUGAGUUCCUGAAGCCGGCUCGCGUCCUGCGCCCGCUCCGCUCCCUCUCCGCAGUGCCUGGAAUCCGGCACCUCUUCCGCACCAUCAUCCUCUCCCUCCCCGGGCUCAAGGACGUGGUGCUUCUGGCCGUGUUCCUGCUGGUGAUGUUUGGCGUCCUUGGGCUUCACUUCUGGAGCGGCUUGCUGCAUCGGAGCUGCCGUUUGACAGCACAGCCACUCCACUUCACUGCAGCCGCGGCUUCGGGGUCACCCUGUGCGGGCUGGUGCUUUGACAAUACCUCCGUCGUCAGCGUCUCGGGCACAUUGGUCAACUCUUCCCUGGUCUUUGACACCUACUGCCGCCCGGAUGCGAAGUGCCUGGAUGCUUGGAGGUCCGGAAACGAAUACUAUCUUUGGCCUUUGGAUACCCAGCAGGAGAGGUUCUGUGGGGAGCACUCCUGCGAGCGCUAUGCCGUAGGCUCCGAGUCUCCAGACGAGGUCUUGCGGCUGCUGGGCUCCGUUCAAGGCAGCGAGGUGGUGACCUUCUGCGGCUCCCCCUUGGCCAGUGAUCCGGAGUUCGGCCCGGAGGUGGUGAACCAGGAGCUUGCUGGCAUCAACCUGAACAACUGGGAUCUAGAGGUCACGGGUGAAGGGAGGAACUGGGGCCUCACUCACUUCGACAACGUCGCCGCGGCUUUUCUGGUGGUCUUCCAGUCUGUCACGCUGGAGGGCUGGUCCGACAUCAUGGGCAUGGUCCAGGACGCCCAGAGCACGGUGGUGGGCUUCAUCUACUUCCUUCUGCUGAUUGUCCUGGGUGCCUUCUUCCUGGUCAAUGUGAUAUUGGCAAUCAUCUGGGACGUGUUUCUGAACGUGCGGGAGAGGCAGCUGCAGGAGAAAGAGGAAGAGGAGGCCGAGGCAGAGAAAGCCAUCUCCGAGGACCUGCAGCUCACCGCCCUCGCAGACCCGAGCCGCGGCGUGACCUCUGUCGAGCGGCAUGGGUGCAAGGACUUCUUGAGGCACUUGAUUGUCACAAGGGGCAUCAUCGAUCCUGAGGAAGUGUUGCGGGAGGAGAGCACCUGGAAGUUCGUGAAGUGGUCGCGGCUCGUUGCCACGAACUGGCUUUUCAAUGCCGGCGUGAUGGCCAUGAUCCUGAUCAAUGUGCUGGUGCUUGCCAUGGACCGCUACCCGGAGCAUCUGGUCGAGUCCUCCGUCGGGGAUGUGUUGAACUAUAUCUUCAACAUUGUCUUCCUCCUGGAGUGUGUCAUCUUACACCUGGCGCUAGGGCCAUUGGUCUACUGGCAGGACAAUGCCAUGGCCUUCGACGGCGUCAUCGUGAUCCUCUCCGUGGUGGACAUCCUCAAUGACUUGGCCUCGGGCGCAGAGAGCGGCGGCUCGGCAAUCACCGCGCUGAGGGCGUUCCGCAUGCUGCGAAUUUUCAAGCUGGCCAAGAAGUUCCCCAGCAUGAAGAUCCUCCUGAGCGCAGGCGUGAAGACGCUGAUGAGCAUGGGAGACUUCGUCGCGUUGCUCUUCUUGAUCCUUUGCGUCUUCGCCUUGAUGGCACAAAGCUUCUUCGGGGGGACUUUCAUGUUUGAUCCAGAGAACGGCAGCCUGGUGCCCAAGGAGGAGUACCGAAGCCGCUGCCCGAUGGGGCCUGGAGACAAGCCUGUGUGCGUUCCUCGGGCCCACUUCGACACCUUCUUGUGGAGUUUCAUCACCAUCUUCCAGAUCCUCACAGGCGAGAACUGGAACACGGUGAUGUACGACGGGAUGCGCGCCACGGGCUGGAUGGCACUUUGGUUCUUCCUCCUCGUGGUGAUCUUCGGGAACUUUGUGAUCCUAAACCUCUUCCUCGCCAUCCUGAUGAGCAACUUCGAUGAACAGCGCUCGAAGCUUCAUGAGGCCAUGGCCAGCAAGCGAGAGCUCCUUCGGGCCUUGGAGACAGACUCAGAGGAGGAGGCUCCUGUGAGCCCGGAAGGCCCGCGCAGGGCCUGGGAGGCCCAGCCGGGAGAGGAGGCAUCCGGCCGCCCAAGCGCCCUCGCCGUGGUGCCAGGGGCACCUGCCCCGGCUCCGGGACGCUCCCCGCGAGCCACUCCUCGCUCCAGCCGGGCACGAACGCGGAUGACCGUGUCGGCUCUGACAGCGCGCUUGGACUGGCAGGACCAUGAGCUGGCGUGUGCCAGACGCUGCGGCAAGCGGUCCUGCCUAGUGUUCUCCCAGGAGAGUCCAGUUCGCAAAGCUUGCCUCUCCCUCAUCAAGCACCCGCAUUUCGACCAGGUGAUUAUGGUCUUCAUCAUCCUGUCGUCGAUCCUCAUGGCUUUCGAGAACCCGCUGCUCGAUCCCAGCAGCAUCCAAGUUCGGGUGCUCGAAGUGCUAAGCACCAUCUUCACCUGCAUCUUCUCCUUCGAGCUGGUGGUCAAGAUGAUCGCGCUGGGCGUGGUCUGCAACCCUGAGGACCCACAGCAGCCGCGGGCCUACCUGCGCUCCUUCGAAAAUGCCUUGGACUUCGUCAUCGUCAUCGUGUCCGUGCUGGAUGCAAUCCAGACCUGGUUCCUGAGGGGAAGCAACGGCGGUGUCAUCGCAGUGAUGAAGAUCUUCCGUGUGGUCAGGAUGCUGCGGCCUCUCCGCCUGAUUUCCCGAAACAAGAAUCUGAAGGUUGUGGUGAAGACCAUCUUGGCCGCAGUGCCAGAGCUCCGGAACCUCCUCGUCUUCAGCUCCAUCUUCUUCCUGAUUUUCGGCCUCCUCGCCGUCGGGAACUUGAAAGGCUCCUAUCACUCCUGCAAGGACAAAGAGCUGGAGGAUCACGAUUUCCAGAGCCUGAACAUGACGCCGCUUUGUGUGGAGACGGCCCGAGGCUUCAACGGCUCCGAGGGGCUCCAAGUUCUGGCGCAGCGGCCUGCGGAGGGGUGCGCGCCGGCCUCGGAGGCCUGGCAGCGACCCUCCCGGGACACGCCCAUCUGCGAGGUGCACUGUGAUGGCUCCGGACAUUCCUUCUGCCAGAACUCGACGCAGCCCUGGGGGUACCAUGUGAUGCGUUGCAGCGACUGCAGCGCGGCCUUCUGCUCCGGGUCGGACUCUGCAAACCAUGCGGCCUGUAUCCAGUCCUGCACACGACACGAGUACUUCUGCAAGGAGGUCGCAAGCGCGCAGCGCGAAGCCUGCUUGGAGCAGUGUGUGGCAGCUUGCACGUGCCGCCAACACUGCUGGGGCUUGAUCCAGGAUGCGGCCCUCUGCACAGAGCAGGGAGGCAAGUGGGUGAACAUGAACCAAAACUUCGACGAUUUGCUGGUGGGCACCAUCUCGCUCUUCGAGAUCAGCACCACCGAAGGCUGGGUGGACGUGAUGCUGGCGGCCGUCGACAGUCGAGGGCCCUACCUCCAGCCGAGGCGAGAUGCCAACGAGUUCAUCGGAUCCAUGCUUUUCGUGGCAUUCAUGCUCAUAGGCAGUUUCUUUGUGCUGAACCUCUGUGUUGGUGUGAUCAUUGACAACUACAACAAGCAGAAGAGCGCCAGUGAUGCGGGCUACGUGCUUGUCACAGAAAUGCAGGCAGCAUGGAUGACACAGAUGAAGGCCCUCUACUUGCGGCGCAGCUUCUUCACACAGGUCAAUGUGGAUCGGCUGGGCCCAAGCCGGCAACACCGCUUCAGGAUCAUCACCUCCAGUGCCUUCGAGAACUUCAUCAUGGCCUGCAUCCUGAUGCAGCUCUGCAUACUCAUGAUGGUGUGGCAACCGAGGGAGAGGCAGGGGUCCUGGGAGGCCUUCCUCAGCACCUGCGGCUUGCUCUUCACAGUCAUCUUCCACAUAGAGUGUCUCCUGAAGCUCUCCGCCUUGCACUGCAACUACUUUCGGGAGCCCUGGAACGUCUUCGACUUCUUCUGUGUCGUGAUGAGCGAUGUGGUCGCGAUCAUCGAGGCAGCACUCACCAACAGCACCGUGAACCUGAGCGCCCUGGUCAGCGCCUUGCGCGUCUUUCGGGUGGCCCGACUCUUUCGCCUGGUGCGGUUCCUCAAAGGCCUCAAUAAGCUGCUACUGGCAUUUGCUCUGUCGGUGCCGAAGCUGCUGAAUGUGGGCCUAGUGAUGGUGCUCCUCCUGUACCUCUAUGCCGUGCUCGGGGUGAGCCUUUUCGCCAAGGUUGCCUACACGGGCACGGGCAUCUAUGGUCCUCAGACGAACUUCCGCAGCUUCUUCCAGGCAAUCUCACUGCUCAUCCGGUCCAUGACAGGUGAAGGGUUCAACGAGAUCAUGCACGACCUGAGCAAGUCGCAAUGGUACUACGAAAGCAUCCUCGAGAUCAAAUGUAGUGAGCUGGAUCUGGAAAGCCGCACCUUCGCGAACCUUGACCUGAACGGGGAUGGCAUGGUGGAUGACCCGACGGAGUGUGGCUCAGCUCUAGCCUACAUCUACUUCAUCUCGUACACCAUCUUUGUGAGCUUCGUCAUCCUUAACCUUUUCAUCGCAGUGAUCUUCGAAGGCUUCGAAGAAAGUCGUGGCAGUGAGCUGAAGGAGGUCAUCAAUAAAUGUUUGGAGAAUUGGGAGAGGUACGACCCUUUCAACACGAUGCUUGUCGCGCUGCCCAAGGCACUCGACUUCAUCGAUGAGACGGUAGAGGAGCUCAUGAACGCUCAUCAACCGUCGAAAGGCCAAUGCAUCCCUGAGUCACGGUGGGACUCCCGCAGCACCAUCGACAUGAACGCAUCGGAGGCGAUGUGGUCGAUGUACAACUUGCAGUAUGUGCGGACUCUUGGGCUGGAGAUCCGCAGCGACGGCAAGGUGCGACUGGUCCAGGCGGUGCGUGCCAUCCUGCGGCGGCUGCUGAUCGCCGGCGGGCCUUACACUACUUUCCUCCCUCUACAGGAGCGACGGCAGCGGGUGAGGGAGCUGGAAGUGCUGGAGGCCAUGGUCCGCAGCGAAACGGAAGAGGACCCUGCAGUUGCCGAGAUUGUGGCACUGGAAGCGCGGCAGAAGAAGCAGAUCCAAGAGGCACUCGGGGAGGGCGCCCUCCCUAUGCCGAGCCUCCCGGGCCAUCUCCAGCUCAGCCAGCUCCGGGCUCUUCACCCGGCGGUAAGGAGAGAGGGCGUCGUCGAGUUCUCCAUGCUGGAGAAGGUGGCCGCAGCAAAGAUCCAGCGCCGGAGCAAAGAGUCUUUCCAAAGGCGGCGCGACAGGGCCCGCGCCGACCACGCCGACUCCGAUGCUCGCAGUUUCACACACGGACCCAUCACACGGGCAGCGGGUUGA